UGAGGAGAUAAAAGAUGAAGCAACAUUUUAUUAGAGGAAGAGAGCUGACGAGUCCGUCAGACAGAGACAGACGGUCUACCUGGUCAUGGAUCACCUGCUGAUGGUGUUGGUGUUGCUGUGGAGUUCAGGACUCCAUGCUGAAGAUAAACACCAACCAACAGGUUCUCAGUGUGAAAGCACAGCCAAGGCUGACAUCGGGCUGAUGGUCAGUGUAUCCGGGAGAAUCAGCCCUGAAGACCAUGAAAACAUGAAGUCCUUUCUAACUAAGAUAGUCAGCUACUUCGACAUCGGCCCUGACAAAGUCCAGAUCGGUCUGGUUCAGAACAGUAGAUACCCAGAGAUUGAAUGGCAGCUGAACACCCACCAGACCAAACAAUCCCUGCUGGAGGCCAUAAACCACCUGCCACAGAGAAGAGGAGACUCCUCAGGAGAUGAUCUGGGCUACACCCUAGAUAGGCUCUUUAAACCCACAGCAGGAAUGCGUGCAGACUCCCAAAGAAUUGCUGUCCUGAUUACUGAUGCAGAGUCCUCCUACGGCAUAGACCCAGGCGCAUAUGACCUGAAAAACAUCGGCAUUGAGAUCUACAUUAUUGCUGUAAACAAAGGUCAGCUGAUUAUCACCGCCUCAGAUCCUGAAGAAACUCACAUGUUCAGAGUCAGCGACUCCUCGUUCCUCCUGGACAUCGUUGACAACGUCACCAUCAACCUCUGUAACAGUGCCGUAGAGAUUUGCUGCUCCAGCUUCAGCUCUUCUCCUCACACUCAGGCUGCUUCUGCGCGCUCGUGGAACUUCUUCUCUCAGAUUUCUCCUCUGUAGGUUGACUAUGUGAAUAAAAUCACCUGAACAUGUUUCAGCU